AUGACCAUUUUGCAGAAACUCAGAAAACUUCACUUUUCCCAAUUUAUUUCCUCAAACAACUUCAGAUCACCAAAGCCCGAUCUUUGUCCAAGCGGGCCGUGCCAAGUUCUCCAAUUCUUUAGGUUACUCGCAACAAAAACGGCAAAGAGAACUAAUGGAGUGAGGAAACAGGCUCAAAAUGCUCUGUUGGAUUACCUGCAUUCGACCCGGAGCCUCCGGUUCAUGGAUGCCGAGAACAUGAGUACAAACAGCCCGGAGUUUCUGAACCGGCUAUUGAACAGCGCAAACGUGGAGAAUGACGAUGACGUUGGCAGAUCUUUGACUCGGUUCUUGAGGUACCGUCCUAUUAACGAGUUCGAGCCCUUCUUUGAGAGCAUAGGUUUAAGUUAUUCUGAUUACGAGCCGUUUUUACCGCGGGAUUUUAUUUUUUUGAAUGAUGAUGGGUUGUUACUGGAGAACUAUUACUGUCUCUGUGAUUAUGGUGUUCCUAGGAAUAUGAUAGGAAAAAUUUACAAGGGGGCUAGGGAUGUUUUUAAAUAUGAUUACGGUGUUCUGCAGCCAAAGCUUCUAGCUUUUCAUGACUUGGGGUUGGAACGAUCUCUUAUCAUCAAGAUUAUUGCCUCCAGCCCGUAUCUCUUGAGAGUAGGAGGUGUUGAUCCUGAUUUUAUCCAGCUUUUGGAGAUGUUUAAGGUUUUAGGGAUUGACUACAAGUGGCUCGAGGAGCAUAUAUCGGGAGUGUAUUCUUGUGAUUGGACAUGUAUGCUCGGGCUUGUGCGUUUCUUGAUCGAAUUGGGAUUCAAUGCUGAUGAAUUAGGAGGCAUUAUUAGACGGAAACCUGAAAUUCUACUCGAGUUGUCCGGGUGCACUACUUUUCGCUUUAUCGGGUUUUUGUUGAAAUUUGGGCUCAGUAAGAGCGACCUGCAGUUAGUUUUUCUUCAGCUCCCACCUAUCUCGGUUAUAAAAUUCUCCAGUAAUUUACACAGGUGCUAUAAAUUCCUGGCAGAGAUAAAAAUGUCGGCCCAAGAUAUCGGUUGCAUUUUCCGUUCGCACCCGGUGCUUCUGGGCUCGUGCGAAGUCAAACAGGUCAACAGCUUGCUCUGCAUAUUGAACUGUGGAGUUAAGAGACUCUGCCAAAUGGUGAAGGAAGAUCCUCACGUGUUGAAAAAAUGGGUUCUUCGGUUGUGGACCGACCCAGUAAGAGGCCAAAGCAGGGUACUAAAAGUGAGAAGCAUGAAAAUUCAGUUCCUUUUGAGUUUGGGCUUUGUUGAGAAUUCGAAAGAAAUGGAACGGGCCCUUAAAGCUUUCCGUGGGAAGGCAACUGAACUCCAGGAGAGAUUCGAUUGUUUGGUGAGCACAGGCUUGAGUCGAGAGGAAGUCAUAGCCAUGCUAAAGGUGGCCCCACAGAUUCUGAACCAGUCCAAGGAUGUAAUUAUGACGAAAAUUGGGUUUGUGGUGAGAGAUAUGGGCUGUCCUUUGUCUGAUUUGGUUACUUACCCGGCAACCCUUUCGUUCACGAUGGAGAGGGUGAAGCUCAGGCUUUUGACUUAUGAGUGGCUCAAAGAAGAAGGUUCCGUUUAUCCGAAUCUGGCUCUGGGCACGAUCGUGUCGUGCUCGGAUGAAAAAUUUGUGAAGACUUACGUAAAUAGUCAUCCUAGAGGAAAUGAAUAUUGGGAAAAUAUGAAGAAGGAAAUAUUAUGCAAGUGA